CUGAAUGCGGGAAAAGAAUUCCUACGGUCUUUGCCCAAAACCACAGCCGUGCUUCGGGGUCCUUUGGAAAAGACUGAGGGCAGGGCUGGCACUUCCCGUGGGGCAGCACUUCUUCUGGUUUAGCAGGGAUUUUUCCAAAGCUUUGGGACUUCACUGUCUCCCUUCAAAGGCAAAAUGUCUUCUUUCCCUUGGCUUUUUAAGUCUCAGCAGAUUCCCGGCGACAUCGGCAACCACACGUCACAACAGGUCAUCAUUGCUGGCCAGUCCCAAAUUGUGACCAUCAACAGGCAAUGGCACGUGGCAAUCAUUGAGAAAACCACCGGCAGCGGGUCCUGGAAAACCAUCUGGAACUACAACACGGGUGUCAUUGCAACCAGAGUCACGCAACAGAACGCCUGCUACAUUUCCAUCAUGAACAGAAAUGAGAUGCCCAGCUUCAAUAAUCUGGCCCGCCUGGCACAGGAGAGCAGGGUAAGACUCCCAAGGAGAGAGCCUACCAAGAAGAUCACCUUUGUUGCCAAUGGACUGGUCAACAACCUCAGUUCUUACGGAGCAGACAUCUUCUCUAUGUGCAGUGGAGUCACCACCUACAUGGCUUACGAAGUUCACGGUGAGUGCAAGCAUUGGCAGUUCCGCCUCAAAGUCACCUGGCCUUAG